UAUUGAAAUGUAUUAUUACAAUUAAAGAAUACCAGUUCCAUUACAAAGAAUAGAAUUUAAACAUAUUCUUUCUGGUUUAUAAAAGCAUUCAUAAAGUUAGGAUGAAAUAAAAUAAAAGCCUAGAGAAACUAGAAAGUAUUGAUCAAUAAGCAUAUAAAAAGAAAAAUAAAAAAACCUGAAGUAAAAUUCUUAUAGGACUUAUAAAGAAAUGAGACUUGUGACUAGCAAGCAUUAUAAACAUCGGAUACAAUAUGGGAUGAUAGAAUAUUAUAAAAAUUGGAGAAAUUGAAGAAGCAGCCUAAUGAAUUCUUUUAAAAAAUUCCAAAAGAUCCAAUAACAUUAAUGAAUUCAUCUAAAAUAAACAAAUUCUAUGAAAUUAAAUUAUUGGCAUAAUCAAAAGAAGAUGCAUAAAAAGUUUCAAGAGAAUCAUAAAGAUAAUUGAAUUAAAUAUAAGAGGUGGCUGUUAAAGAGUUAUUGAAUAAGUAUCCACAUUAAUUCAAUUUUACAACAUCUGCAGAUGCAAGAAAGAAAAAAGAAGUAUUGGACACAAAAGAUAAAUAUAUGAAAAUAUUUUUUAUUAGAAAUUGUUCUACAAGUAUGAGUAAAUGUAAAAUGAAUAAUAAAUAAUUACAUAAUAGUGAGGAUUAAUAAAAAUAUUUUGAGAAUUAAGAAUAGAUACAAGAAAGAAAGAAGAAUAAAAGUAAUUUAUCAUUUUGUACAUGGAGUAAAUUAUAAGAAUUAGAAUGUCCAGGAUAUUGUAAUUUCAUAAAAUAAUUGGCAAUUAAAAAUAAAUUAUAGCAGAGUUGUUCUUAAUAGAAAAGUAAUUGUUAUAAUUUAGAAAAUGAAUGA